GGGGUGUGGAGCGCAUGCGCAGAGGUGGCGCGCGCGGCAUGGAGCUGCGCGGGGGGCUGGCGGCGGCGGCGGGCGCGAGGACCGAUGCAGGCAAGAGGAGGAAAAAGCGCAAAAAGGACAAAAAACGGAAACCGCCCCCACGGAACCCCAGCCCCCCCAAUGAUGUGUUACCAGAGACCCCCCCUCCUCCGCCCCUGCUGUCGGAGGGGCUGCUGGGCUUUGACGAAGGGGAGCAGGAAGACCCCCGGGACUACUGCAAAGGUGGGUAUUACCCCGUGCGGAUUGGGGACCUCUUCAACGGGCGCUACCACGUGGUGCGCAAGCUGGGCUGGGGGCACUUCUCCACCGUCUGGCUCUGCUGGGACAUCCGGUGAGCGGGGAAGCGGUUCGUGGCGCUGAAGGUGGUGAAGAGCGCGCCCCAGUACACGGAGACGGCCUUGGACGAAAUCAAGUUGCUGAAAUGUGUCCGCGACUCGGACCCCAGCGACCCCAAGCGGGAGAACAUCGUACAGCUCAUCGACGACUUCAGGAUCUCGGGGGUCAACGGCGUCCACGUGUGCAUGGUGCUGGAGGUGCUGGGCCACCAGCUCCUGCGCUGGAUCAUCAAGUCCAACUACCAGGGGCUGCCCCUGCCCUGCGUCAAGAGCAUUGUGCGACAGGUGCUGGAGGGGCUGGACUACCUGCACACCAAGUGCAAGAUCAUCCACACGGACAUCAAGCCCGAGAACGUGCUGCUGCGGGUGGGGGAACCCUUCGUGCGGCAGCUGGCGGCUGAGGCCGCGCGCUGGGCCCGGGGGGGGCGGCCCCCCCCAAAGCGCAGUGAGCUCCGCGCCCCAGGACGUCCCCGAGCGGCUCUCUCGCGCCCAGCGGCGGCGGCGACAACGGCGGCAGCGGCGCCAGAGCCGCCUCCUGGCCCAGCGCCUGCAGGACCUGCAGCACCUGCGGGAGGACCGGGGGGUCCCCGGGGGUCCCCGAUGAAGCUGAGGCACCCCCCCUGGAUGAAGGGGGAAGCCCCCCCCAGCGGCGCCUCUUCCUCGGGGGUGCACACCCUGCAGGCCGGCGGCUCAAGCGACGGGCUCUCAGGGGGCUCCUCCAUCUCGGGGGGGGGCCCCCCCCCAGCGCCCCCCCAGCGCCCCCCCAGCCCCAGCUCUGCCUCUGACUCCCUCCUCACCCCCACCUCCAGCUCCCUCAUCUCGGGGGGCUCAGGGGGGCCCCCCGCCCCCCUCGGUGAGGGGGUGCUGGGGGGGCACGAGAACCCCCUGGACCCCCGCUGCGCACCCCGGCUGCGUGUCAAGAUUGCCGACCUGGGCAACGGCUGCUGGGUGCACCGGCACUUCACGGAGGACAUCCAGACGCGGCAGUACCGGGCCCUGGAGGUGCUGUUGGGGGCGGGUUACGGACCCCCCGCCGACAUCUGGAGCACCGCCUGCAUGGCCUUCGAGCUGGCGACGGGCGAUUACCUCUUCGAGCCCCACUCGGGGGAGGACUACAGCCGGGACGAGGACCACAUCGCCCAUGUGAUCGAGCUGCUGGGGGAGAUCCCGCGGCACGUGGCGCUGGGGGGACGCUACUCCCGGGAGUUCUUCAACCGCCGCGGGGAGCUGCGUCACAUCCGCCACCUGCGGCCCUGGGGGCUGCGGGCGGUGCUACAGGAGAAGUACGAGUGGCCCCGGGGGGCGGCCGCCGCCUUCGCUCGCUUCCUGCGGCCCAUGCUGGCUUUCGAGCCCGACCGCCGCGCCACCGCCGCCCAGUGCCUGUGCCACCCCUGGCUCUGCCCCUAGCCCCGCCCUGCAAGUGUGAGUGUGAAUAAAAGGCGUGGCACAGC